ACGAAUCUGAAUGAAAGCAUACGACAUUCUUUUGUGUGGAGACGUUCCUUGGUGUGCACGGGUAGCUCAUGCGUCCAGUGCCAACCUGUGCCAACGGAUCGUCGGUAACCUUGCAUCUCUGGCUUCCUUGAUUAUAUCCUUGUUUUUGACCAACUUUCUACAGAUUAUCGAAACAUGGUUCACGUGCGUGGAGGUUCGCGAGGAGUAGCACGGAUGUCGACGCAUGUUCGAGUCACAACAAUAGCGAAGGCAUCGGUAGAAAGACAUUACAACAUUGCGG